GCUCUGGUUUGUGGAGCCUUGCUCCUUGAACGCUGUUUUUGAGGGAGAAAUGCCGGAAGAUGGCGCUGGCCAGAAGAUGUAUAAUGCCUUCGGCCUGAUGUGCGCCGGCAUCCUUUUCUUCCCAGUGGCGCUGUACAUUCUCGGGUCCAAUGAGAAGAACUACAUGUGCACCCACAAGAACAUCAUCUUCGCAGAUGAGAGGGCCAAGGCGGUUGAAUGUGACCAACAGAUGGUGCCUGAUGGAAUUGGCUACAUGGCUUGUCCCAUCAAGCAGGAGAGUUUUCUGGAAUUCACCGGAACCAGUUUCGGUUCCUCUGGCAUUGGCCCUGCGAUCCAUUUUAAGUCUGCCGUGGGUGCACAGAAAGCCGAGAUGUUCCAGUGCGUCGAGUCUGUGAAGACGGAGAGGCAUGGAAACAAUACAGUUAAGGUGUACAGCUAUCAAAUGACGUGGAGUUCAUCAGCUGUGCGAUCUGCGAGCUUUGCGCAAACGCCGCAAGCGAUCCAAGCGCGCGAGUAUGGUUGCCCUGGAGCCACCAAUGGCAACCCAUCCUGGCCUGCAAACUUAGCACAAGGUGUUCAGACACAAUAUGUCCUGGAAGCCCAGAGGAGACUGCAUCAACUGCAAACAUGCCAAUCAUGCACCAUGUGCUUACAUUGCAGGGACAUGAUCUUACAUGUGCAGUAGCACUCAGCUAGAAGAGUUGAUACAACAAAGGUGGCUGAAUGAAGGGAGUAUGCAAGGGCCGAAGUGCUGGAAACGUGCUGACCAUAAGGUUCAUGCAUUUUCGACUGAUAAGGUACAAGUUGAUACAAGUUAAUACGUUCAUAAGGUGCGUGUUUUUACGGGUCGGGUUCUUCCCAAGUCGGCUUGUGGAGGCAGUGUUGGCCCUUUCCAAGGCACGAGAGAUGGUGGCUGGACCUCUCACCAUCGAUGCGGAUCUGAUACACGGAGGAGCAUCUUCUGGGUUGCAUGCCAACAUGGCGAACCCUGUCCCUCUGAAUCAGUUCAAGAGCGCUUUUGCCGCGCUCCAGCACUUGCCAUAUCCAAAUAUCGUGACGCCACAAGCGCCACCAAUGCAAACCCACGGCAGUGGCUGGUACACGCAGACCGUCCACCAGCAAAACCAUCAUGCUCGACGCCUUUUCUUCUCCUGGAACCAGAUGCAGAAGAUGAACCCAUUCAGUCAGUUGAACACCUUGGACUUGUCCUCAAUCAGCACGCACAACUUGGCAGUAGACGCAUCUGGCACAUUCCUGGUCACUUGCCAACAAGCGCGGUUGGGGUGCAUCAGAAUCCAAUAUUUCAAGAAUUGGGACACCAUGGUGACUUUGAUCAGUGCAGUUCAGGGAGGCCGUACUCUCCCGAUUGACGUGCCUGCCAGCUGGGGUUGCCCAUCCAGCAAAUACAACGUUUUGGUUGGUGGCCUAAUGUCCAAGAUGGACUUGACCCAGAUGUUGGAAUCUGCCAACACGACGGGGACCUGGACUAUGAGGGUCAUCGGCUUGUUGUUCGCUUGGUGGGCCGUAUAUUGUUGCUUCCAGCCUAUCUCCAGUGCGAUUGACGUCGUUGGGGAUUGUGUGCGGGCUAUUCCAUGCUUGGGCCCCAUUUUGGAGGACCUACUCGAAGGCAUGAUGACUUGCCUCCUUUGUGUAGUCUCCUGUGGUUGCGGCUGCUCCUGCGGAUUGUUUGUCAUCGGUGUCGUGUGGCUCUACAUGCGGCCAUUGAUUGGCGGAGGGCUCUUGGCAAUUUGCGCCGCUUUGGCUGUGGGCGCUUAUGCUCUCGGCUACACAACGAAAGGCGCCAAGGGGUCGCGCAGUUUGGUCAGCGAGAUGCAGCAAUUGACCGGAGAGAGCAAUGAAGCCGCAUGAAGCCUCUCACUGAGAGGGAGAUUCAAAUUAGGGUGUCAUUGGGUGGCUGAGUUCUUGACAGGCCACAAAGUCGCAAGUUUUGUACUUACCCAGCUUUGGCACAAGUACCCAUACUGAGAUUCCUGUGACCAAGUGCAUUUCCCCUGGUGACAUGCAUGUUUUCAAUUCUUGCUCUUGCGACUGAGCACCAAUGUGUAAUCAGUCAAUUGUCGUGCCCAAAGACGGCUGAUGGCAUUCGUGCUGAAAUACUGGAAAUGCUGGUUGUGCGAACCAAUUGGUGACUGCACCUGCUCGGAGUACACUUGUCCCGCUUCUGUCCAGAAGCCGGCACUCGAUCGUUUAAAGGCCACAAGCUAGGUCAGC